UGAACUUCCAAACCUUAAAAAACAAAAAAAAACAAAAAAUGUUAUUCCUACUCCUCGCUUCUCUCUUCUUCCAUACUUGCCUCCACUCAACCUCCGCCUACGAAGACCCCCGCUUCACUCUUUGCACCCCCACCACCCCCACUUACACCCCCAAUUCCACCUUCUCCGCCACUCUCACAACCGCCCUCACCACUCUACAAACCACCACUGCCGCCACCGGCUUUGCCACCACCACCGCCACCAACCCCACCACCAACUCCUCCGUCACCGCCCUCGCCCUCUGCCGCUCCAGCACCUCCCCACCCGACUGCCAAACCUGCGUCGCCGCAGCUGCCUUAGGUAUUCGCCGCGAAUGUCCAAAUAACACGGCGGCGCAAGUCUGGUACACUUACUGCAUGCUCCGAUACUCCCCUAUCAACUUUGUAAACCAAUCAGACACCUCCAUCACAUUCAGUAUAUACGACACACGCGACGCGCCGGAUGAAUCCUCGUACGAUCUCAAGGUCAAUUUGUUAAUCAAGAACCUUUCGUACGCCGCUGGUGCGUCGGAUAACAGAUCCGCCGUGGGGAGGACUGUGCUGGUCGGGAGUCUAAACAUCUACGGGUACGUGGAUUGCACCCGAGAUAUCGAUGGUGGAGAUUGCACCACGUGUUUGUUAGCGGCUAUUGAUUGGAUUCCGUCGUGUUGUCUUGGGAAGUGGGCCGGGUGGAUAGCCACUCCCACAUGUAACAUUCAGUUCAAUAUGGACCCCAUCCAUGAGGACUGGAUUAAUAAUCCACAAGAAAUUGACACGGAUAUUUUGUCGCCGGCGCCGGAGGUGGGGCCGGCGGCAGAUGAGGGUGGUUUGGGUGGCGGCGGAGGAGGCGGGAAGGAGAGGAGUGUGGUGGUGGGGGUGGGGGUGUCAUUUGUGGGAAUAGUGGGGAUGGUGGGACUAAUUUGGUGGAGGUGGAGGGGGAGGGAGGGAAGAAUGGGGAGGAAAGGCGAUGGUGGGACUAAUUUGGACACAUUAUGAAAGAAAUGAUUAGAU